AUGGGAAGAAUGGAUACUCCAAGAUUUCAUUGCGUAGAGGGUCUUUAUGAGGAUGGUAGUUCCUUCGAGUCUACCGUUACAGUCUUUGGGCUCGAAGGAAUCGGAUACGGUCGAUCCAAAAAAACAGCUAACGCUGAAGCUGCGAACGUGCUUCUUCUGAGGCGCGGGUACACUCAGGAGAAAUGGAGGCAUCGGCAAUGGGAACAACGAGGCUCCGAGAAAUCGGUCGGCGGAUUGGGUGGCUGCUCUGAAUCCCAGAAUGGAUCCGCCUGGAGGUUCAUAUUUUAACAUCGACAUUAAAAAAAUCACAGGUUUCGGAACCACUGGACGUUAAUACUACGCACAAUACCUCAGAGUUUCGCAGUAAUGAGUAUUUAAGCGAUAUUUUUGGUGAUGGUCUUCAAAUGGACUCUGAUACCGAGAGUCAAAAAGAUGUCCUACUUCAACACGCGGAAAUUGAGGAUAACGACAUGAAUUACCCAAUUGCAGAACAAGUUCCUAUCCCAGAAAGAGCUGGCAGAAUUGGACAAAAUGAAAAUGAUUCAAUGAGUGUUGACGACGGAAAAAUCGUUCCAUAUAAGGAAAGCGAUAUCUCUCAUGGGAUUCUGGAAAAGAUGGAACCGUCCAAUGAGUCUCUGGAUUCCGGACAUGAUCCAGCGGAAUUGUCCUUUUCCAUGAUCCAAGCAGAAGUUCUUCCGAUGACAUUUGACAGUUUUGAAGAACAUAUUGAUGCCAUUUUUACACUUUCUUCACCACUUCAACUGGUUGAAGAGAGCGUCCUCUGGGGUCGUCCUCAUUGCUCGAAAGCUAA